ACAGCCAGGAUGGAGGGCGGGCUGAGGGGGCUGUUCGUGGUCUUCUCAGCCUUCAUGGUGCAAGUCCUGGCCUUUGGGAACUACGCCUGUCUGGGCAUCUACACCGUCCACCUGCUGCAGGAGUUCAAAGGUGAUCAGGUGGGCGUGUCCAUGAUCAGCUCCAUCCACUUCGCCAUAUGCUUCGGGUGUGGUCCACUGGUCAGUCUGCUAAUGACCAAGUUCUCAUACCGGAAGUUGUCAGUGGUCGGUGCCGCCCUCGUCUUCAUUGGAAUCGGAUGUGCACCCUUCCUGGUCUACCUGCCGGCCAUGUACAUCUUCAUUGGGGUUUUUGCAGGACUAGGUGGCUGCUUGAUUUACCUCCCCUCCCAUGUGCUGAGCGGGAUGUACUACGACAAGUACAGGUCCCUGGCGACUGGGGUAGCAACUGCAGGGACGGGCAUGGGUGCCGUCGUCAUGCCCCUGGUGGUGGGGGCGCUGAUAGAGGAGUACUCGUGGAAAGGCUCAAUGAUCAUCCUAGCUGGCAUCGACGCCCACCUGUUUCUCUUCGCCAUCUUCAUGACCCCACCCCCCAGCAACGUGGACAUCCUACCCAGGGAGCGGGCCCUCUCCUUCACCCACGACCCCCGCCUCUCCCUCUCUAGCGACAACUCCGGCACUGACCGCUUCACCCGACGACUAGCCAGGAACUCCAUCCUCUGCGACAUCCACGAGUUCACUGACCGGAACUAUCGCCCGUCCAGCCAUUUUAAACGCCCGGUGCAUACCUACGCCGAGGUGGAUGAGAGCAACCACUGUGUAGACGCCAGCGAAAAAAAUCCAGCAUGCAAUUGCGUGAACCCGGAAGCGGAUGAUUCAACUGUGCAGUUACGUUAUCGCCAAGAUGGACCUCGCCCGCGUCAGACACGAGAUUCAGGUUCCUUUUCAAGAAGGUUAAAGACCUCGAGUUUUGUACCCUUUGAUGAUAUUUCAUACAUAUUUCAACCGAGUUAUCUUUCCUGGACUUCCGAUCAGAACAGGGCGAUACAGCGAGCACUCUACGAGAACAUUCCAGAACGUAUCUUGGAGACGGACAUCUUGAGCUCGUCGCUGCCGUCGUUGCACGAGACGGCCAUGACCCCGAGUGAGUCGGACAACCUGUCUCCGUCAAGCGAGACCCGGAUGUUAUGUAAGCCGAACGGGAAUCCCCAAACGGCGACCAAUCACAAGAAGAACAUGAAAGAGAACAUCAAGCACCACAUCGUUAUUUUACUCGACUUCAAGUUCUUCAUCUACUUCCUGUCCAGCAUCAUCUGGAGCGUGGCCAUCUCCUUCCACGUGACCUUCGUACCGGAAGUCAUCGUCACCAAAGGUCACUCCGCGAAGGACGCGGCCUUCGUCAUGACCUUCUACGGGAUAGGUCAGCUUGUGGGCUGUGUCGCCAUCAGCAUCCUGGGAAACUUCGUGGGCAAGCAGCUCCUCUUGUACGUCCUCUCAAACAUUUUCAACGGGAUCUCCCUCGUCAUAGUCCCGUUCUUCUCGUCCUAUUUAGAGUUCGCCGUUCUGUUGACCUUUCAGGGUCUUGCGUACGGCGGCAUCCUGGGUCUGUACAUGAUCGUCACCGUGGACUUUGUCGGUGUGGACGACAUGGAGAUUGGCCUGGGCUACGUGCUGCUUGCCUCGGGGAUUGGAUGCUUCGUUGGUCCUGUCUUUGGGGGCAAGCUGCGUGAGGUGUACGGCAACUACGACUACUCCUAUUACGUCACGGGAGCGGUUGGCGUGCUGGCCGGGCUCAUCAUGGUGCUCAUCUACCUCCCCAAGUGUAGGAAUCUCAGGUCGAAGACAGCACACGUAUGACGUCACACACACCCCUCGCCUGACGUCACACCACCUCGUCUGACGUCACACCCCUCGUCUGACGUCACAUCCCUCUCGUCUGAUUGCUCAAGUAAAAUCACGUGAUUUGACACUACACGUGUUGGCCUAUUCAAUAAAACCUCUCGACUGUUGUACACACGUUUGACCACGCCACAGAACUGUCGUACAUGUACAUGUACUUGCAUGUACACUUUAUACUCAUUCUUUCUGCUGGAUAAUACGUUAUUACCCCACUAACGUACUGUGGCCUUAAAGCUGAUAAUGAUUUAUUUUGCAACUAUGCAAAUCAACUUAUGCCAAUUUAUCCUUUUAUGAUUUCAACUUAAUUUUUUUAAAAACCUGGGUAUUUCAAAUCUUGUUUUAAAUCACAAUUUUGUUUUAAAAAUGACUUAAAUGCCUUUUUAUGUUUUAUUUUACUGGUCCGUCAAAUUUGACCACAGUAUAAUUCUGAUUUAGAAAAGAUUCG